CGUUUGAUAAGACAUUCGAGUGUGGCGCGGGCACCAGCGAACAUGUGGCUUGUGUUUAUCGUGCAUCAGUUGUUUGUUUAGUUUUUGUAAAUAAAACAUAGCUUUAUCUUAGUAAUCUAGAUAAUUAAUUAAUUAAUAGUGAUAUAAGAAUGGGGGUGAAGGUUGCGGAGGAUGUGUUGCCGCCCCAGAAGCAGUCUCCGGGGUUGUUUUCGCGGCUGUUUCUGUGCUGGAUGUUCCCGCUGUUCUACCACGGCAACCAGCGCGACCUGGAGGAGGUGGACCUGGUGCCCUCGCGGCCCUGCUACGACUCCAAGCUGGUGGGCGACCAGCUCGAACAAAAAUGGUUCGAAGAAGAAGCUCAAGCCAAGCUGGAGGGUCGGGAGCCGUCGUACCCCAAGGUGUUGUUCAGGACCUUCUUCUGGUCUUACGUGCCUGGCGGCCUUAUGCAGUUUGGAUAUAUCACUUUUCGCACCCUAUCCCCGCUACUGUUCGCGGAGCUGCUGAGCUACUGGACGGUGGACAGCACCAUGACCCGCACGACGGCCACGUACUACACGGUGGGCAUGGUGGCGUGCAACUGGAGCGCCGCCUACCUCAACCACCAGGGCAACUUCUACUGCCAGCAGUUCGGCAUGAAGCUGCGCAUUGCUACCAGCACGCUUAUGUUUAGAAAGAUAAUGCGCAUGGACAACGGCUCGCUCGGCGAGACCACAGCCGGGAAGGUCGUCAACCUGCUCUCCAACGACCUGCAGCGCUUCGACCUGGCGUUCCUGUUCCUGCACUACGUGUGGAUCAUCCCGCUGCAGCUGACCGCCGUGUGCUACCUCGGCUACCGGCAGGCCGGCGUGGCGGCUCUCAUCGGCCUCGCCGCGCUGGUCGUCAUCGCGCUGCCCAUGCAAGGUGGGCUGGGCCGGCUGCUCGGCACGCUCCGCAUGAAGACCGCAGAGAAAACCGACGCCCGGAUCAAAAUUAUGAGCGAAGUCAUUAACGGGAUCCAGGUGAUCAAGAUGUACGCGUGGGAGAUCCCGUUCGAGAAGGUGGUGGGCGCGCGGCGCUGGGAGGAGAUGGUGGUGGUGCGCGCGGCCACGCGGAUCCGCGCCGUGUUCCUCGGCUUCAUGGUGUUCACGGAGCGGACCGCGCUCUUCCUCACCAUCGUCACCUACGUGCUGCUCGGCAACACCGUCUCGGCCACCGUCAUCUACCCGCUGCAGCAGUUCAUGGCGGCGGCGCAGGUGAACAUCACGCUGAUCCUGCCCAUGGUGCUGUCCUUCACCGCCGAGCUGUUCGUCUCGCUCCGACGCGUGCAGGAGUUCCUCGCCAUGAAGGACCGUUCCGAUCUGGUUAUAAAGAACGUGUCUGGCGGCCAGAAGAAAAUGUUCCGCAAGUCGAGUAGCCAAUCCCUGGGCGAAGCUGCGGUCCGGCCCUUGUCUUAUCAGUCCAAGUCUUCCAUAUUCGGCAGCCUGAACGUGAUCCCGAAUGACUUGCCGCGUCGCCGCAGCAUGUCGUACCCGGGCGAGCUGGCGGUGGAGGUGCGCGACGUGAGCUGCAGCUGGGUGGGCGACGCCAACGUGCUGGCGCUGAAGAAUGUCUCCGUGCGCCUGGCGCGGGGCAAGCUGUGCGCCAUCAUUGGAGCUGUCGGCUCGGGCAAGUCGUCGUUUUUGCAACUGCUCCUAAAGGAACUGCCCGCGGCGUCUGGCACAGUUUCAAUAUUCGGCAAGAUCUCGUACGCCUGCCAAGAGGCGUGGCUCUUCCCCAAUACCGUCCGAGAGAACAUACUCUUUGGCCUGCCAUUUGAACCGGAAAAAUAUAAAAGGGUGUGUCGAGUGUGUGCGCUGGAGACGGACUUCAAGCAGUUCCCGUACGGAGACCAGACCCUGGUGGGCGAGCGCGGGGUCUCGCUGUCCGGUGGGCAGCGCGCGCGGAUCAAUCUCGCCAGAUCCGUCUAUAGAGAGGCUGACAUCUACCUGCUGGACGACCCGCUGUCGGCGGUGGACGCGAAUGUGGGUCGGCAGCUGUUCGAGGGCUGCAUCAACGGCUACCUGCGCGGCCGCACGCGCGUGCUCGUCACGCAUCAGAUACACUUCCUCAAGGCCGCAGACUACAUCAUUGUGCUUAAUGAGGGUAAAGUGGAGAAUAUGGGCACGUUCGAGGAGUUGGCGAAUUGUAAAGAGUUCUCUACGCUUCUGUCUCCACUGCAAGAAGGAAAAGACGAUAAUAAAAGCCUUAGUUCUACUGGUGGUGGCGACCAGAAGCUAGCCCGACCCCAACUGAUGCACAGCCAGUCCAAGAUGAGCGAGAGCAUGGACCUGCCCGAGUACGCGGCUCAGAAGCAGGAGGCCGAAGAGAGGGGCUCCGGGAACCUCAAGUGGAGCGUGGUGGCCGCCUACUUCAGCGCUGGCGGCGGCUUCGCUCUGUUCCUGACUGUCGUGUGUAUCUUCGGCGCGGCUGCCGCGGCCGCUGGCGCUGACUUCUGGGUCAGCUAUUGGACAAACCAAGUGGCGAUUCAUGAAGAACAGUUAGCAGGAGCUGAAUUAGAGGCAGGCCUGGACGUGCAGAUGGGCCGGUUCACGACGCGUACGUACAUCAUCUUCCACGGCUGCAUCGUGGGCGCGUGCCUGCUGCUGACCAAGCUGCGCGUGUUCCCCUUCGCGCACGUGUGUGUGACGGCCUCCGCCAACCUGCACAACCGCAUGUUCAGCACCAUGCUGCGCGGGGUUAUGAGGUUCUUCGAUACGAGCUCGUCAGGUCGCAUCCUCAACCGUUUCACCAAGGACAUCGGUUCCCUGGACGAGAUCCUGCCGCGGACGCUGCUCGACGUGUUCCAGAUCUACAGCACCCUGCUGGCGAUCCUGGUGCUGAACGCCGUGGCGCUGUACUGGACGCUGGUGCCCUCGGCCGUGCUGCUCGUGAUCUUCGGCUUCGCGGUCAAUGUUUAUAUGAAGGCGGCGCAAAGCAUUAAGCGGCUGGAGGGGACUACGAAGAGCCCGGUGUUCGGCAUGGUGACGUCAUCGCUGAGCGGCAUCGCCACCAUCAGGUCCUCGGGCGCCGAGCAGAGACUCAUCGACGAGUUCGAUAAGCACCAGGAUCUGCACACCUACGCAUGGAACGGCUACCUGGGCGGAGGCACCACGUUCGGGCUCUACUUGGACACCAUCUGCCUUGUGUACAUGACUACCGUCAUCUUCGUGUUUCUCUAUAUUGAUUUCGGCGACGCAGUGGCAGUGGGCAGCGUGGGGCUGGCGGUGACGCAGAGCAACCUGCUGACGUUCAUCCUGCAACACGGAGCUCGCAUGCUGGUGGAGUUCCUGGCGCAGCUCACCAGCGUGGAGCGCGUGCUGGACUACACAAGGAUACCGACUGAGGACAACCUGUUCACUGGACAAAUUGAUACACCUCCAAACUGGCCAGCUCAAGGAAAGAUAUUGCUUCAAAACGUGAAUCUGCGAUAUGCUAAAGACGAGGAGCCCGUUCUGAAAAACUUGAAUAUUUCCAUUGAAAGCGGAUGGAAGGUGGGCAUCGUGGGGCGCACGGGCGCGGGCAAGUCGUCGCUGAUCUCGGCGCUGUUCCGCUUCGCCUACAUCGACGGACGCAUCCUUGUGGAUGAUGUUGACACCUCGCUCGUCGCACUACAGGAGCUACGGUCGAAGAUAUCCAUCAUCCCGCAGGAGCCGGUGCUGUUCUCCGCCUCCAUCCGCUACAACCUCGACCCCUUCGACGUGUACAGCGACGACGAGCUGUGGCGGGCGCUUGAGCAGGUGGACAUGAAGGCGGCGGUGCCCUCGCUGGACUUCAAGGUGACGGAGGGCGGCGCCAACUUCUCCGUGGGGCAGCGGCAGCUGGUGUGCCUGGCGCGCGCCGUGCUGCGCUCCAACAAGGUGCUCAUCAUGGACGAGGCCACCGCCAACGUGGACCCGCAAACCGACAGCUUCAUCCAGCAGACGAUCCGGCGGCAGUUCGCGUCCUGCACCGUGCUGACCAUCGCGCAUCGGCUUAACACGAUCAUGGACUCCGACCGAGUGCUGGUGAUGGACGCGGGCCAGGUCAAGGAGUUCGACCACCCCUACCACCUGCUCUCCGACCCGCACAGCCAGCUCACCGCCAUGGUCAAGGAGACCAGCGAGAAGAUGUCGCAGCAACUCUUCGAGGUCGCGAAGGAAGCGUAUUUUCAAAGCAAUAUGAAAGAAAACGCUAGAUGAGAUGUCAGUGUCCGUGAAAGUAUUGCUCGAAUAGGAUAGUGAUGUUAUGUGUGUAAGGGGUGGGUCCUUAAUAUAUAAAAGGAAUAAAGUUUUAUUUUAUUUAAAAUGGGUAGGGUACCCACUCCUCCCACAAAUGCUACACAAAUGUGAACUUCGAACCUGAAAGUUCACAUUCACAAAACCUACAUGAAUGUAUUUAAUAUUAGUAUUAUAUAUACGUAUGUAUUUGUAAAUAAACGAUAAAAUACACGCCAAAUAAGAUUUUAGAGUUGUAAGAAAUUAAAGUUACUUAAUUUUGUUUAUAAAAUAAAUGAGAAUCAGUGAGUGAACCAGAA